AUGACGAUGCUGCUGGACGGAGGGCCGCAGUUCCCGGCGCUGGGGGUGGGCGGCUUCGCGGCGCCCCGCCACCACGAGAUGCCGGGCCGCGACGCCGCCGCCGCCGCCGGCAUGGGGCUGGGCCCCUUCGGGGACUCUUCGCACGCCGCUGCCGCCUUCAAGCUGAACGCUGCCCCGCACGACCUCGCCGCCGGGCAGAGCUCAGCGUUCACGCCGCAGGCGCCGGGCUACGCCAGCGCCCUGGGCCACCACCACCAUCACCACCACCACGCCGGGCAGGUGCCCUCCUACGGCGGGGCCGCCGCCUUCAACUCCACCCGCGACUUUCUGUUCCGCAACCGCGGCUCCGGCAUCGCCGACGCCGCCUCCGGCACGGCGCAACACGGGCUUUUCGGCGGCUCCCCCGGCGGUUUGCACGGCCCCGGCGGCAUCCCGGACACCCCGGGCUACCUGCUCUUCCCGGGGCUCCACGAGCAGAGCCCGAGCCACACGUCCCCCAACGGGCAUGUGGACAACGGGCAGAUGCACCUGGGGCUGCGCGGGGACCUCUUCGGGCGACCGGAUCCCUACCGGGCCGUCUCCAGCCCCCGCACGGACCCUUACGCCGGCGCCCAAUUCCACAACUACAACCACAUGAACAUGAAUAUGGGCAUGAACGUGGCGGCCCAUCACCACCACCAUCACCACCACGGCCCCGGGGCUUUCUUUCGGUACAUGCGCCAGCCCAUCAAGCAAGAAUUGUCCUGCAAAUGGCUCGACGAGAGCCAGCUCAGCCGGCCCAAGAAGAGCUGCGACAGGACUUUCAGCACCAUGCACGAACUGGUGACCCAUGUCACCAUGGAGCACGUCGGGGGUCCGGAGCAGAACAAUCACAUCUGCUACUGGGACGAGUGUCCGCGGGAAGGCAAGUCCUUCAAGGCGAAAUACAAACUGGUGAACCACAUUCGGGUGCACACGGGGGAGAAGCCCUUCCCCUGCCCCUUCCCGGGAUGCGGCAAGAUCUUUGCCCGCUCCGAGAACCUCAAGAUUCACAAGCGGACGCACACAGGUGAGAAGCCCUUCAAGUGCGAGUUUGAGGGCUGCGACAGGCGCUUCGCCAACAGCAGCGACAGGAAGAAACACAUGCACGUCCACACCUCGGACAAGCCCUACAUCUGCAAGGUGUGCGACAAAUCCUACACCCACCCCAGCUCACUUAGGAAACACAUGAAGGUGCACGAAUCCCAGGGGUCGGACUCUUCCCCUGCAGCCAGUUCGGGGUACGAGUCCUCCACCCCCCCUGCAGUGGGCUCCGCCGGCAGUAAGGACUCCACUAAAACGCCGCCGGCUGCCCUUCAGAGUAACCCUGGCCACAACCCUGGACUGCCCCCCAAUUUUAAUGAGUGGUAUGUGUGA